AUGCGGCUGAUGCUGCGCAAUCGGAAGCUGCUGAUUGCGGCCGGUGUCACGCUGACCGUGCUGAUUCUGCUCUGGAAGUGGAACGACGUCCAGGCGGUGUGCUGGGGCAACAAUGGCGGCUCCGGAGCGGGUCAGAUGGUGCGGGAUGAUCAGACGCUUCCUGGUGGAUCCAGCUAUCGGUACCAUCGGAAUAUGCCGCUGAUCUUCAUCGGAGGUGUACCACGAUCAGGAACGACGCUGAUGCGUGCCAUGCUCGAUGCUCACCCUGAAGUGCGAUGUGGACAGGAGACGCGCGUGAUACCUCGCAUCCUACAGCUGCGAUCACACUGGAUGAAAUCGGAGAAGGAAUCCGUCCGGUUGGUUGAGGCCGGCAUCACGAAGGAGGUGUUGAAUGGGGCGAUCGCACAGUUCUGUCUUGAGAUCAUCGCAAAACACGGCGAUCCGGCGCCAAGGCUCUGCAACAAGGACCCACUCACGCUGAAGAUGGGCUCAUACGUGAUUGAGCUGUUUCCGGAGGCUAAGUUCCUGUUUAUGGUGCGAGAUGGCCGGGCGACGGUGCACUCGAUCAUCUCGCGGAAAGUCACCAUCACCGGGUUCGAUCUGACCAGCUACCGGCAGUGUUUGACGAAGUGGAAUCAGGCGAUUCAGACGAUGCACGAGCAGUGUAAGGAGAUCGGUUCUGAUCGGUGCAUGAUGGUGUACUAUGAGCAGCUGGUGCUACACCCGGAGGAGUGGAUGCGCAAGAUACUGCAUUUCCUGAACAUACCGUGGAACGACUCGGUGUUGCACCACGAGGAGUUCAUCAACAAGGAGAACGGAGUAGCGCUCUCGAAGGUGGAACGAUCCUCAGAUCAGGUGAUAAAACCAGUCAACCUUGAGGCACUCUCGAAGUGGGUGGGUAAGAUACCGAGUGAUGUGGUGCGAGAUAUGGCAGACAUUGCCCCAAUGUUGUCGGUGCUUGGCUACGAUCCGUACGCCAACCCACCGGACUAUGGAAAACCCGACACGUACGUGCAGGAGAACACCUACAAGGUUCGAUCCAACUCCCUCAUGUGGGAACACCGGGCGAAGGAGCUGCUCAAUCGGGAGGGCUUUGCCGAUAAUCUCCCACCCAAGGCGAAGGACACCGAUGAGGACGAUUACGGUGUGGGUAGUCGGGAUCGGAAAACGUGAUAAUCUGACUCCGUGAGAAAAGGAGCGUGCUCUUAAGAAUCACCUCAUUCGUUUUGUCGUGGAACCGUCGUAGCAUUUCCUGGGCUUGGACAACGAGGCCGCAAGGAUACGGAUUGGACACGGCUGACGCAAGGGACUUACUUUUACUUUUAAGCAAAUGAGCACCGAAAACUUACCGCUGUGUUGUGCACCGGUUUUCGGGUGGAGUGUCCGGGAACCUGGCGGGCUAAGACUGCGACUAGUUCGGAUAUUCUACAGCCCGAUAGAGCAUCUACACCCUCCCCCGUAAAGCUGGCCACACAGAGAAUCUAGGGCUGAAAGGGGAUAGAAUGUGUUUGCCAGUGAGCCAGAAGGGACUGAAGAUUUGAUAGGGUUUUUUUUAUUUUCAUAAGUUAAACAAAAUAUUAGACCAUUUGGAGCUGAAACAGAUUCGCUUAAAGUUCGCCAACAGGGCGAGCGAUUGUAGCCGAAACAUGGGCUUCUGUUUUAGUUUACCUAGGCUGGUUGAGAACGCUUCAUAUUCGCCAGUUCAAAGAGAGCUUGAAGGUUCAGCGUGACGUGCAAUCGGAGCGGAAAUGGGAGUCGCAUAUUUUGCUCUUAAAAUCGUAACUGAAACACUUUUCCACCACAACAUAGUCAAAAGUAUCCCACGUAGUAGGGCUAAUGCAAACAAUUAGGACAACUAGCGUAAUUGUAGCCGCAGGUCAGCUGGUGGUAGCGUAAUUAUAACCGUAUUCGUGACGGCAACCAUGGACCGAAAACUAACAGCAAAUAAGCAGCGCACAUAUGAUAAUUUUAGUAAGAUAAAUAGUCAAAACAGUAGCAAACAUUGCAGUAAUGCUAGGCAAAGUAGUUUUUAGUCGUCGCUGCUGCCAGUCGCUAUUUUAUUCUCGUCCUUAGAGCAGUCAAUCUAGGAGCAUGUGAGUGAGCGUGAGUAAAUGCGAGAGAGCGAAACUUAGUGUGCGAAAGUGAGAGAGCGAGUGAGAGAUUGAUUGUCGGCACGGUGUUUUAUAAAUCAGCAUGCUAAGAGGAGAAAAACGCAUCUUCCCACCCUUAUCCAUGUGAGGCUAGUUAGAUAGGGCAUGCCCACGCAACAAGAAGCCAUCGCUGCAUAUGAACAAUUAAUCCCCGAAUCCCAAAAAAACGCAAUAUGCAACCGUACAACGCAAAACAAUAACUAUAUAUAAACGAUACGCACACUCAUAUACACUAUCCUUAAGUAACUUUUUACGUAAUAUGUGUACAAGUGCGUGUAAAAAAUCAGUAGACAUUUACAAGCGAGCUCCAACAGGAAAAAGGGCACGUCCUUGAUGUGCCGGUGAUAGGUAUAUACAAAAAAAUCAAACCCGAAAAUGACAAGCGCAUGAGAGAGGAGUUUCGUGAUUGGAAGAAGUCCUUUAGAAGUGUGAAAAAGUAUGGGAAUAUGUUUGCGGGCGCUGGAGCUGCCACACGAGCCUGCGUCGCGGGUCGAAUCCUUGUACAUUAACGUGUGUAAAAUAUGUUUUUUCUUUUUAACUUUUAUGCGGUACACCCACGCUUUUACGAUGUGCUGCCCCCAUCUUGUGUUUGCUUCGGUGGUCCGGGAGUGGCAAAGGGCCACGUGCUAAUUUCCCGUGAAGGGCGAGAAGGCAAUCUAGGUGCAUCCGAUCCAGCAAAACGGAUCGCAACAAAAUAGGGUCGCGAGCCGUUUAAUUUAGCCGACGUCUAAUAAUACUACAUGUACAGCGUUACAGGAGCGAGAGGAGCGAAGGUGUAUAUGAUGAAAUAAACCAUAUGAAUGUUA